UGGCCACGCCGACUCACGAGGUUUAUUGAGGUGAGCUCAGAUUUCGAGUGAACCAUGGCGGUGUCAACAGUCUUUCUUGUUAUCCUGGGUGUUCUCCAGUAUGUACAACUGUCGACAGCCGAUACUCCUGCCAACUGUACGUACGAAGACAUCAAGGGGACAUGGAAGUUUCUUAUAGGACCAAGAGGAAAUGACAAUACAGUGGACUGCAGCAAACCUUUUACACCUGUAUCCACCUAUGACGUCAUUUUGGAGUUCCCUGAUGUAGCAUACGACAACCAGGGUCAGAGAGGAUUCUGGACGUUAAUCUACAACCAAGGUUUUGAGGUUGUCAUCAACGACAAAAAAUUCUUUGCCUUUUCGGCCUACAAGAAUGACUCAGGAAAGAUCAUCGACUAUUGUGAGGAGACUUUCCCAGGUUGGGUCCACGAUAUUAAUGAGAAGAACUGGGCAUGCUACAAUGGCGUUAAACAGCAAGCCACGUUCACGCCUAAGCAUCACGUCCCCUACACCAAGCCAAACCAAGUGUUUGAUUCCGAGAGGAAGUAUAAACACAACGCAAAGUUCAUUGAAGCUAUUAACGUCGUUCAGACGUCCUGGGUGGCGGGAAGGUAUGCGGGGUACGAGGGUAUGUCACUGAGAGAUCUUCAUCAGCGAGGAGGUGGAAGGCGGUCGGCCAGAGCCUACCCAAGGCCCGCCCCCAUCACUAAAUAUCAAGAGGAGAUUUCUGGACAACUCCCGGAUGAGUUUGACUGGCGCGACGUCAACGGCGUCAAUUACGUUUCACCAGUGCGUAACCAGCAGAGCUGCGGAAGCUGCUACGCCUUCGGAUCCAUGGCGAUGCUGGAAGCUAGGACCCGAAUUUUGACGAACAAUUCCCGCCAACCGGUGUUUUCCACUCAGGAUGCGGUCAGCUGUUCCGAGUACGCCCAAGCCUGUGAAGGAGGGUUCCCCUAUCUAAUUGCUGGUAAAUACGGUGAGGACUUCGGUGUGAUUGAGGAGUCUUGUUUUCCGUACACGGGCAAGGAGAGCCCGUGUAAGAAGACGAAGUGCCGGCGACACUACACGACAGACUAUUACUACAUCGGCGGGUACUAUGGAGCCUGCAACGAACCUCUCAUGAGGAUGGAACUUGUCAAGAACGGACCCGUUGCCAUCAGCUUUGAAGUUUAUUCGGAUUUCCAAAGUUACAAGGGUGGCAUCUACCAUCACACGGGACUCCAGGAUCACUUCAACCCGUGGGAGAUCACUAACCACGUGGUUCUUGUCGUUGGCUAUGGACAAGACAAAGCGUCUGGGGAAAAAUUCUGGACUGUUAAGAACAGUUGGGGAGAGAAAUGGGGAGAAAAGGGCUAUUUCCGGAUCCGCCGGGGAACGGACGAAUGUAGCAUGGAAAGCAUGGCGGUCGCCGUCACACCCGUCGUUUAAGACGACAUGAAAUUCAAUAUUUUUCUAUACAGUUAUCGUAGAAAUGAAGUAAUACUGGCGUAGGCACACAAUCCACUUGCUUACUUAAAACAUUUAUCAAGUUCUUAUCAAUAUGCCUUUAAUGCUAGGCAUAUUGAGUUUUUAAGUUUUCUGACGCCAAUGGUUUAAUACAUCAUGAAAUUCAAUUUUUUUUUUGAUACAGCUGUAAUUAAAGUAGAAAAAAUAAUGAACGUCGGUCUAGGCACAUCAAGUUCCAUGUUGCUUACUCAAACCAUUUAUCACAUCAUUAUUAAGAUGCCUAUAAUGACAAGUUUUAUAGAUAAUUUAAACGACGAUCCGCCAUCAGCUUGUCUUUAGUGAAUAUUGAAUGAGAACUAAAUAAUUUGUUUUCGUAAAGAACGUGACUUCUUACUGAACAUGUGUGUUAACUUCUGCCAUGUUGAAAUUAAGACUGUGCUAGUUCCCCUGGGCAAAACUCUUCUAGGAUGUAGGCGUCCACCUCUGGCCACACGCCACCUUAGCUUAUAAUCUAUCUGUUAAAUAAAAGACUAGUAAUCGACUGCAGAAAUUCUAAAGAUGUUCGGAGAAAACCUCCAUCCAUUAAUUAGUAACGGUCAGAUGCAGGUUAUCUUCAUUAAACUUGCAAAUUCUAUUGUAUGUCACAAUUUGUUUUCUUUAUAGACAACGGAAUAAUGUGCAUAGGGACUUGAUUGACGGAAUCAUUUUAUUUAUACAUGUAUAAAGUGGCAAACUGCUAGCUUUUAGGAUUUCGAAUGGCAGUUUCCUAUCAAAUUUUUGUCUACAUGUAUAUAUUUUGUACAUAUGAUGUAUAUAAACUGUACAGACAUACACAUUCUCUACAGUGUACAUAAGCGAUGCAUUGUAUAGGCCUAUUUUAGUACAGAAAUAAAUAUUUCU